AUGAAAAAUAAAAAUAAAUAUGACUACCUGCUGAAGUUGUUACUUGUUGGCGAUUCCAGCGUAGGCAAAAGCAGUAUCCUGUGCAGGUACUCCGAUAACCAGUUUGAAGAGAAGGUCCUGUCCACCAUAGGCAUCGACUUCAAAGUGAAGUACCUCAAAAUAGACAACAAAACCAUCAAGGUGGGCAUUUGGGACACGGCCGGGCAGGAGAGGUUCCGGACGCUCACGUCUGCCUACUACAGGAACGCGCACGCGAUUAUCCUCGUGUACGACUGCACCGUGAGGGAAUCCUUCGAAAACCUAGACGUGUGGAUUCACGAAAUCGACAAGUACUCGACGAACAAGAACGCCAUCAAGAUGUUGGUGGCCAAUAAAAUAGACAAAGCCAACCACGAGGUGACGAAGGAUGAAGGGAAAAACUUCGCUUUCGAAAAUAAUAUGCUUUUUUGUGAAACGAGCGCGAAAAAUGAUAUCAAUAUCACCUACUGUUUUGAGGAGCUCAUUCAGCAGAUUUUAAAUAACCCCUCCCUGCUGGAACUUAGCAUCGUCACCAAAAAUUUGAAGCUCAGCAAGAAGGAGGAGAGUCGAGCCAACUGCGUUUGUUAGGUUCCGCGGUCAGCGGCGAGUAGCGGCGAUUA